AUGAAACUCACCAUUAUCGUCCCAAUAGCCCUAGCAGCCCACCUAGCCCUCGCAUCUACCCCAAAAGCACUACCAUCAAACCUAACAAUCUUUACCCCACCCCAAAACUACAGCAUCCCCCGAACCCUCUACGCGCGAAGCACCCAACCAAAUCCGCAAGCCCUCCUAGCAACAUGGGAGAACUACUCGCCCGAACCACCUUUAGUCUACUUUCCAAUCUACCGCUCAGGUGACUCUGGGAGCACCUGGACAGAAAUCUCCCAAGUGCACGACACAGCUAACGCCCUCGGAUUGCGUUACCAGCCUUUCCUGUAUACCCUCCCCGAAGCAGUCGGGCACUGGAAGGCUGGGACGCUUUUGUUGGCGGGGAAUAGUAUCCCGACUGAUCUCUCUUCUACGGAGAUAGAUAUUUAUGUUUCUGAAGACGAGGGUGUUAGCUGGAAGUUUCUGUCAAAGGUUGCGAGUGGUGGGGAGGCGGUUCCUAAUAAUGGGCUUACGCCUGUCUGGGAGCCGUUUUUACUUGCGCAUGACGGCAAAUUGAUCUGCUACUAUUCUGAUCAGCGCGCGAAUACGACUUAUGGACAGAAACUUGUGCAUCAGGUUUCGACUGAUCUGAAGAAUUGGGGUCCCGUCGUCGACGACGUGGUCUACUCGACUUAUACGGAUAGACCAGGAAUGCCAGUUGUAGCAAAGCUACCAAACAACAAAUUCAUAUACAUAUACGAAUAUGGCUCAUUCUUCAACACAACAACCUACACAUUCCCCCUCUACUACCGCUUAAGCACAAACCCAGAAUCCAUCCUUCAAGCUGAGGGCCGCCGACUAACCGUAUCAAGCGGAACGAAGCCGACUUCGAGCCCAUACGUAGUCUGGACACCGUAUGGUGGGAAAGACGGGACUAUCAUCGCCAGUUCCGGGAGCUAUAGUAGCUUAUUUGUUAAUAGGGCUUUGGGCGAGGGAGAGUGGACUGAAAUUGAAUCACCGGAGGGCACUAGUUAUUCGCGCUCUUUGAGGGUUUUGGAGGAAGGGGGUGGACGGUUUUUGGCGGUUUUUGGUGGUGGGGUGCUUAGUGGGAGUGAUAAUCGGGUCAGUGUUAGUGUGCUUGAUUUGAAGAAUUAUUUGUGA